CCCACCAAUGGGCGAGUCCGUGGCAUCGCGACGAACAUACGGCGUUGCCAUCUCGCGUCAUCACCGCCCAUUGGCCCUAUGAGUAUGUACAUACGUGCGUCGUCGUAGUCGAGCUAGUCCCAUUAUCGCGGCAUUUGUUAGUAUUCGUCGUAACGUUUCCGCAAACGCGAAUAAAUGACUGAACGGAGAGUGCGAGGUUUGUGUACGUAAGGUACGCGAUGCGCGUGUCGGUGUUGGUAAAUCGCACGAUAGUCGGACGAGCCGCAUCGCUACUAUUCGACUUGGUCGACUACUCCUGUCGACCAGCACACUUUGUGCGCGUCGUGCAAUUUUUACGUACAGCGGGUGUUCGCUGAGCGUGAGCUCUCGGCUGUGAUUUUCGCGGAAACUUGGAGCGACUAAUUUACUCGAUAGACGCACGGCUCCGCUCGAUCCAUCGCGUAUCGAUCAACGCAAAAUAAUGCAGUCGCUACCGCGAUAGUCGUGUAGUUGUAGCACAGUGCGCGGGCGCGCAGCGAUACCAUCCACGGUUACAGUGACGCGCGUCGCGUGCGUGGCACGUGCGCGCGUGUGUGUGUAUGAUUUUUUUGAUAUAUAUGUGACUUUGUGCGCGAUACGUACGGGAGUUAACGCAUCGAACGAGCUAAAACUCUUACAAAUAAUGCCUCGCUACUCGCUUGCAUGCAUGCAAACGCACGCGAAACGUACGAGCACGGCUCCGUUUUUAUCGACUCGUGUCGAGUCCGUUCCUUUGUGAUCGGCGUGCUUUCGUGCUGGAAAAAAAACGACGCAUGUUUUCGCGUAACAUUAAUCGCGUAACUACAUAUAACGGGUACAGAUCGCCGUAAUAGCGACUACGCGGCAUUGGAGCAACGUUAACAACGUGAGAACGAUUCUCUUUGUGGCUACAAAAAAAUUGGCAAUAUACGCAUAGUUGUGUAUUUAGUGCAUUAUGGAUUCCUAGCACGACUCGAUGAAGUGGCAUCUAGACUGUUUUUAUAGAUUUUGUAUAGCACAAAACGCAAUUGUUCAUCAUGAAGCGAAGUAUAGAUGGAAGAAACAUUUCACAAGAAGAAAUUGAAGAGCAUGAUUCUUUGCAAACACAAUCGCAGCAACAAGACGAAGCGGAUCAGCAACAAUUAGAGCAGCAACAGCAGCAAACUGCCCAGUCACAAAUCCGUUUUUUAAAUACAAAUGUAUUGCAGCAAUUGCAACAACAGCCAGAUGUUCAAGCUCAGCAGCAGCAGCAACCACAAGUUAUUACCCUGCAGAACUUUAUGUCUGUACAAGCUCAACAACCACAACAUGAUCAACAGAGAGCGCAAGCAAUAUCUGUUCAAUCGCUACCUCAUCAAUUCUUGCAAGGUGCUCAAAUUAUUAGCGCUCAGACACAAACGGCUCUUCAGCAACAACAACAGCAGCAACAGCAACAGAACCAGCAGCAAUCACAGCAACAGCAACAGCAGCAACCGCAACAACAGCUCAGUUAUAGUGUAAUUCCACAAAUGCAGACCGUCAACAUAGAUGGUCAGGAAGCUUUAUUUAUUCCAUCCUCCGCAAUGUCCGCGGCAAGCGGGCAUCACCAAACGCAGCCAGCAAUGCAAUUUGCUACAAAUGGUCAACAAAUGCAACUGGCGGGUCAGCAGGUGCAAUUAGCGAAUGGCCAGACAAUUAUUACGCCACAACCAGUUAGUCUCAUAAGGGCACCCAAUGUUUUUCCCACUUCGAUUAUACAAAAUAUCACAGGACAAACGGUACAAUUGCCUACAGGUCAAAAUGUACAAGUAAGGCCACUUCAAUUUCCAAUGCAGCAUGUUCAACAAACAGUCCCUGUGCAAGUACCAGUCACUGCCAACAAUGGCCAAACUGUUUAUCAAACUGUACACUUUCCUGUUCAAGCUUUGUCUAGUGUUUUAAAUAUGCCUGCGACACAAAUGAUACCCCAAAUUAUGCAACAAAUACCUCAAGUAGCACAGAUAAUUACGCCAAGUGGUCAGAUCCAACAAGUGCAAAUUACAAAUUUGCCACAGUUACAAAGUCUUCAGAGUCAACAAGUAACACAAGUAGCGCAGCAAGUUGCGCAUCAACAAGCGCAACAGCAAGUUGUCCAACAACAAACUCAACAACAGGUAGUGCAAUCUGUUCAACAGCAACAAGUCGCUCAGGCUCAAGUACAACAGCAACAGGUGCAACAACAGCAAGUACAACAAGUAGUACAGCAAGUAAUACAACAGCAACCACCACCGCCGCAACAGCAACAACAGCAACAAUCGCAGCAGCAGCAACAGAUGCAACAAUCUUCUGCUCCAUCGUCGACAGUAGCGACUUGGAGUACAACAGUUGCCACUCCUAGCAACGUUCAAGUACUCGGCAUAAGUACAUUAGGAAGAAGUAUAACGGGAAAUAAUGUUAUUACCACGAAAGAUGGUCAAAAAAUCGACGUGCAAACGUUAUCUACUCUUACAAGACCUCCGGAAACGGUAGAAGGUGAUAUUAAAGUAACUAAUAUCGACGCUAGUCAUCUAGCUGGUGGACAAGUAAUACAUAUCCCCGCUGCACAGUCAGCCCAACCUACAGUGCAACCUAUUACAAUUACAGGAACGCAAGGACAACAAUUAACGCUUAUUCCUGCAUCUGCAUUAGCAAACUUAACCGCGCAACAAGGUAACAUGAUGAGGAGCGUAAGCAACGGAAACAUAAUGCAAAUUCAGCCAGCCGCUGGAAUAAAUACAACCAAUGGUUUUCUACAAUCAAUACCUGUACAAAAUAUCCCAGGUUUAGGCAAUGUACAAGUAAUACCAGCGAGCGCGUUGCAACCCGUACCAACCGCUACGGUUCAAACGUUACCCGCUACUGCGACUGCACCUAUCGUCGCAGCUGCGCCAACCGUACAACUCGACUCGAGUGAUCCUACCAAAUGGCAGAUUCUCCAAACUCUUCAGUCGAAUGGAACUUUGACAACAUCUGCUACUCCCAUAUCUCACCAACAUCAGGUAUCCAAUACGGUCAAUUCCAAUACCGAUACCGAUACUAACAAGCAGCACCGUAGGAGAGUCGCGUGUACAUGUCCUAAUUGCGGUGACGGAGACAGAAAUAGAGAUAUGAGCAGAAAGCGGCAACAUGUAUGUCACAUUGCCGGUUGUAAUAAAGUAUACGGUAAAACGAGUCACUUGCGUGCUCACUUACGUUGGCACACCGGCGAACGACCAUUCGUUUGUAGUUGGAUAUUUUGCGAAAAAUUUACCAGAUCCGACGAACUUCAAAGGCAUCGUAGAACUCACACUGGCGAAAAACGUUUUCAAUGUCCAGAAUGUACUAAGAAAUUUAUGCGAUCGGAUCAUCUAACGAAACACAUUAAAACACACACGAAGAUACGGAGCACAGAAGCUGCUACUUCGACACAGGAAGGUUCUUCUGACAGUCAAUCUUCCACUGAACAGAAAAUUAUUAUAACAUUGCAAAAGGAGACGGAACAAUCUGAACUUGUUAUCGCGGAACAAAUAGAAAGCAUGAAAACCGAAUCAACGAAUCAUAUAACAAAUGAAUAAAAUUUUAUCAUAUAAUCAUUUGGAUCAUGUCGAAAUAUUUCAGAAUACAAUACAAACCAAUGCUACUACUGA